AUGGCAGGAGGAAACUUUGAACUCGUAGCGCUCGGCAACCCGCUGCUCGACAUGCAGAUCCGCAACGGUGAAGCCAUGCUCGAGAAAUACGGCCUCAAGCCCAACGAUGCCGUGCUCGCCGACGAGAAGCAACUCGCUAUCUACCAGGACCUGGUGGACAACUACGACGUGACCUACGUCGCCGGUGGUGCUGCCCAGAACGCUGCCCGUUGUGCUCAGUACGUGCUCCCCGCCAACUCGACGGCUUACCUCGGUUGUGUCGGCAAGGAUGACCUCGCCAAGCAGCUGCAGGCCGCCAACGACAAGGAGGGGCUCAAGUCGAUCUACCAGUUCAGCGACGACCAGCCUACCGGUUCGUGUGCUGUCAUCAUCACUGGCCACAACCGCUCUCUCUGCACUAACCUUGGCGCGGCCGAGAAGUUCGACAAGUCGCACCUCGAGACUGCCGAGGCUCAGAAGGCUAUCAAGAACGCCAAGAUCUUCUACCUCGGCGGCUUCUUCCUGACCCACGGUAUCGAGUCCGCCCUCGUCCUCGCCAAAGAGGCCAAGUCGCGCAACGUUUCGUUCACCAUGAACCUGUCCGCUCCCUUCAUCCCUCAAUUCUUCACCGCGCAGGUCGACCAGGUUGUUCCCUACGCCGACGUCAUCUUCGGCAACGAGACCGAGGCCGAAGCCUGGGCCGAGGCACACAAGCUCGAGUCCAAGGACCUCAAGACCAUCGCCCAGGCCAUCGCUGAUUUCGAGGCUGUCACCACCAAGGCCGAGUCGCGUGUCGUCAUUAUCACCCAGGGCUCGCAGCCUACCAUCAUCGCCAAACGCGGUGACAAGGAGCAGCACGUGCACGAGACGCCCAAGAUCAACCCGGCCGACAUUGUCGACACCAACGGCGCUGGUGACGCUUUCGCCGGCGGUGUAAUCGGCGCCCUUGUGCUCGGAAAGUCUAUCGAUGAGGCUAUCGAGGUCGGUCACAAGCUCGGCGGCAUGUGCAUUGGCCAGGUCGGUCCCAUCCUCAAGUUCCCCAAGGAAAACGUUCUCUAG